UCCCCAAUCUCAUCCCCCAACUCGAGGACCCACUGCUCCUCUCUCCCACACUUUUCACCUUCCUUUCCUUCUGUCUUAUGUCUGCUACCUCUGGAAUCCAUGGAUUAUAUUUUAUCGUUUACACUUUCGAUUCGCACUUCGCUUCGCUUCUCACUCUUUCUUUCUUUCUCUCGGCCCUCAUUAAAAGAAAAUAGACAGACGCCGAAAACUUCUGUCUUCAGCUCAUCCUCCCACCUGUCUUUCCUCUUCGGCUCUUCCCCUCCCCACCCCCUUCAAAAGAGAAGAGGAUGCUCCCCUCCUCGCCUUCAGACCCACCACCAGCCAUGGCGAAGCAUACCGCCUCCCCGAAAUCCCACUCUCGCCAGUCCAGUUCCCUCUGCUCUUGCUUCCUCAGCGAUUGCUCCGUCUUCACCGGCGGCGCCAUGGCCGCCCUCCUCUUUGUCUGGGCUCUCUGGACCGUCUGCAACUCUCUCAACCCCGCCAUCAUAAACCUCUCUUCUUCUUCUUCAUCUUCUUAUUUACGGGCUGACUCUCUCCCCACUCACCAACAUAAGCCUUCCCCCUUCCCCUCCGACUCUCCCGGCUCCACCUUCUACGACGACCCUUCUUUGGACUACACCAUCGGCGUCCCAAUGAAGGAUUGGGACAGAAAGAGGUCGGAAUGGAUGGCGUCCCACCCGUGGAUCACUCCCCGGAAAAUCAUCCUUGUCACCGGAUCGCAGCCGACCGCUUGUAAGAACCCCACCGGCGACCACCUCCUCCUCCGCUUCUUCAAGAACAAGGCCGACUACUGCCGCCUGCACGGCUACGACAUUUUCUACAACAACGUUCUGCUUCAACCCAAGAUGCACACUUUCUGGGCGAAGCUGCCGGCGGUCAAAUCCGUUAUGAUCUCGCACCCUGAGACGGAGUGGGUCUGGUGGGUCGACUCCGACGCGGCCAUUACGGACAUGGAGUUUACGCUUCCGCUGGAGAGGUACGUCGGCAGGAACCUGAUCGUCCACGGCUGGGAGAACAUGGUGUACGAGAACCGAAGCUGGGUGGGGCUCAACGCCGGAGUCUUCCUGAUGAGGAACUGCCAGUGGUCGAUGGAUUUCAUGGAGGUUUGGGCGAGCAUGGGGCCGCAGACCCCCGACUACGCUGAAUGGGGCCGCAUACAGACGUCGGUUCUCGCGGACCGGAUGUUCAAGAACGCCGACGACCAGUCCGGCCUGGUUUACCUCCUUUUGAAGGAGAAGGAGAAAUGGGGAGACAAAAUCUUCCUGGAGAACAGCUUCUACUUCGAGAGCUACUGGAUCGAGAUCGUCGGGAAGUUGGAGGACGUCAGCAAGAAGUAUGAGGAGAUGGAGAGGGCCGACGCCGCACUGAGGAGGCGGCACGCCGAGAAGACGUCGGAGUUGUACUGGCCCAAGAGGGAAGCCCACCUCCGGGAAGAGGGCUACGGCCCGAACAGCCUCAGGAGGCCGUUCAUUACUCACUUCACGGGCUGCCAGCCCUGCAGCGGCGAUCACAACAAGAUGUACUCUGGAGAAAACUGCUACAAAGGAAUGGUGAGGGUUCUCAACUUCGCCGACAACCAGGUGCUGAAAAAUUACGGGUUCUACCGGAAGGAUCUUCUUGACACGGAGACUGUUUUCCCGGCGCCGUUCGACUUUCCGGCCAAUCGCUCCGGUUCGGCCUAGUAAACCAAUCUUCCUUUUUUAACUCUUUUACCUUAUACUUCCCCAUAGAUUGUUAGGAAACCGGGUUGUGAUUAAAGCACCAAGAAGAAUGACCUUUGUCGUCAUCAUCAUGUAUAUAGGAAUAUAUAUGCAGGUUUGCUGUUAUACUUCA